CCCACCCCCGUCUCGCCGUCGGGGUGCGCAGCGCGCGGCGGCGGCGGGAUGGUGCCGGUGGCGGCGCGUGGCGGCGGCGGCCUCCCCUCCCCUCCCUGCGCGCGGACAAGGGCGGCUCGCGGCCCGCGCGGCUGAGGAGUGUAUCACCUUCAGGAGAUGGCCUCUUCUAAGUCUUGGAUGAACCUUCUAACCUUCACUUUUGGAUCAGCGAUAGGAUUUUUCGUCUGCUAUCUUCUGUUCAGCAUUAUACUAGAAGAGCAGGUUAAGAUCCAGCCUCACAUCCUUCACAAUGAUCCACACGGUCAACACUCAGCAGAUAUCGAUAACAAUCAGCUGCAAGGACAAAUGAAUUUCAAUGCAGACUCCGGACAGCAUAAAGAUGAGAAUAAAAAUAUUGCAGAGGGACUGUAUCAAAAGGUGAAAAUACUGUGUUGGGUCAUGACUGGACCUCAAAAUCUUGAAAAGAAAGCCAAGCAUGUUAAGGCCACUUGGGCCCAACGUUGUAAUAAAGUACUUUUUAUGAGCUCUGAGGAGAAUAAAGACUUCCCAACUGUGGGCCUAGAAACCAAAGAAGGCAGGGACCAACUGUACUGGAAGACUAUUAAAGCUUUUCAAUAUGUAUAUGAUCAUUAUUUUGAUGAUGCUGAUUGGUUUAUGAAAGCAGAUGAUGAUACAUACGUUAUAUUGGACAAUUUGAGGUGGCUUCUUUCAAAAUACAGUCCUGAACAGCCAAUAUACUUUGGAAGAAGGUUUAAGCCUUAUGUGAAACAGGGCUACAUGAGCGGUGGAGCAGGAUACGUUCUGAGCAAAGAAGCUCUGAAGAGAUUUGUUGCUGCAUUUAAAACAAACAAAUGCUCUCACAGCUCCUCUAUUGAAGACCUCGCACUCGGAAAAUGCAUGGAGAUCAUUAAUGUGGAAGCAGGAGAUUCGAGGGAUACAAGUGGUAGAGAAACCUUUCAUCCCUUUGUUCCAGAACAUCAUUUAAUCAGAGGAUACCUACCAAAAACGUUCUGGUACUGGAAUUACAAUUAUUAUCCUGCUGUAGAGGGUCCCGGAUGCUGCUCCGAUCUUGCAGUUUCAUUCCACUACGUUGAUCCAGUGACUAUGUAUCAUUUGGAAUAUUUGAUUUAUCAUCUCCGUCCAUAUGGGUAUUUGUAUCGCUACAAUCCUGAUUUGGCAAAGAAUCCAGAAGAACAGAGCAAAAUUGAAGCACUGGAGGGUAAUCAAAAGCUAAAGCAGAAAAUUUCUGAGAAUUAAUUGGACUUGGAAGAAAACUACAAGAAGCCAGUACAAUGAGUAAGAGUCUCCUCAAACUCCUGCAUGAAGCUUGUGGACUAAAAUUACUUGUGGAGAUUCUUAUUUUCAAAAUCACGUUGGCAGUACUUCCUGUCACUGUCUGUGUCCACCAGAGCCCAGUGCUGGCUCUGACUGUGUGGGGUAGCGUGACCUUGCAGCCCUGCUCAUGAGGAUUUGGGGCCCUAAAGCUGUGAAAUAGGGGGUCAUUCUGGUACACUAAUAUCUGGAAGAAUUUGUAUUAAAAAAAAAACAUACUGGACGCGUUCAAAGAUAAUCGUACAGUAUUUCUGUUCCUGUUUCUGUUCUCCUCUGGUUCCUUCCAGAUGUUCUGUUGGGUCAGUUUGAAUAUUAGCAGUUGGAUGCUGUGCAGUCAGAUGCUUCACGAUGGCUUUCUCUAAUAUUCUCAGUAUCUUGAAGUUCCUGUUUGUGCUUUGCCCUUUAAGAAAGGGCGAGGCGUGAAAAUAGUCUCAAAUGUGCUUUGCCUUAACGACAGACUGGUUAUUCUGAAUAGGCAGAGAUCCACCCAAAAGAUCCACGUGAAUUGUUUUAGAAAUGGAAUUCACUGCUAUGAAUUAUCUGAAAUUUUUUUAAGUCUCUGUUGUACAAAACAAUAUGCAGUUGGAUCACUACUGUUUUAGGGAGAAACCCAGAAAUAGGUUUAAAUGGCUGAGGUCAUACAAGCUGCUUAUAUAUUUGCCUGUGGCUUUUUUUUGGUAGUAACUUACCCUGUUGGUUGAGUGGAUAUAACAAUUCAUCUCGGAAUUUCUCAGCAUAAGAUAAGGCAGAUGCUUUUUGAAACAGAACUCUCUCUUCCAUCAUACCUUCCAUGUAAACCAGAAGGAAUAGUACGUCAGCGAAGUUGCAAUGGCAUUGUAAUAACUUGGUUAUGGCCAGUAUUCUCAUUAGUUUGUUACCAUGUAGUUUUCACAUCGCUGUACUUUGAGAUCGUGGAGUUCCUUUAUUCCUUAAAAUUUUACAGAUACAAACAAGUCUUGUUUUAAAACUGCAGCAAAGCCCAUUUGACUGCUUCCACACACACCUAAAGUACUUCAUUUCACUUUUCUGAAUAUUUUUUUUUUUAAUUCCACUCCUAAAAUUUCUUCUGUAUCUACAUCUUGUUACCUGUUUAUGAACAAGGUGUUAAAUGAUCCUUAUUUCACUCUUUUUGAAGCUGAAGUAUGUAGUUAUUCAGGUAAGCCAGCCUGAAUGCAGGAAUCUUUCAAAGUGCAUUAAUUUCUCUGCUGCUUUAUGGGUAUUUCUGCCUCUUAACUGAAAACACUUUCUCGGUGUGGGACAAAAUAGGUGUUUUAAUUACUGAACAAUUUUCAGAGCCAAGCCUGUGUUUUAUACGGUUUAAUGUAAAACUUUCUGGUUUUCUCUUUUUGGAAUGGAGUGAGUAGCAGUAUGGGGGGAUAGGGUUAAGCCCGAGACGGAGUGUGUCUUUAUUCCACACUUUGAACAAAAGGUACUUCAUCUUUUUAUCACUUUUCACCUUCAUCAUAUUGAUGAAUUUGGACAUAACCUAAUUACCUCCAGUCAUUGUUUUGGAAAGGGCACAUACUGGUAGCCGACAGCCUUAUUUACUGCUGCUGUCCUUCAGGAUGUUCCUGGGAGAGGGUAUUACCAUAAAGUACUGGAAUUUUUUUCCCAAAGAUAGUUCAUGUACAGAUUGGGGUUCUGGCUGUUGUCGACCAGGAAAGAGUCCUGACUUCCUUUCUGACCAUUGCUCUGUGGCACGAUGGCGAUUGCUGAAACAUCUCACGGGGCUGAAACAUAACUCACAUCUUCUCUGCCUGAAUAUAGGCUGGGUUCAUAGAUAAACUAUUAGUUAAAGGAAUAGUUUCUGCAAGGUUAAAUCUGCUGGUCUUUUAUGAGCAAGGCUGCCUCAAGUAUUGAAAUGGACAUGAGCUUUAUUUCAUGUUAAUUGACUUAUGUAGAAAAUUGUAACUGUAUUUGCUCAAAAAGGAAAAAGUCUCCAGUUUGCUGUAGUCAGAGGGAUGCUCGUCCAGCGCAGAAUGGACCAUGCUGAGAGGUGCUUCCUUCUCUGAGCUAAAUGCUUGUCCCAUGUGCAGCAUAACCCAGUAAUAAUUGAGAAGCCCAUAUGGUGUUGAUAACUCCAGCAGCAUUGUUCAAACACGCAAUCGAAAUUUUCUGGAACACUUCAGGAAGUUUAUAAAAUGCAAUCAAGAUCCCAGCUUAAUCUCUUUGUAAAUUCAGCCCGUGUAGAGGAUGAACUGGACUACUGGGCUGUUCCUUUAUUCCUGCUUUGUUCCUCGCUUCAUCCGGGGGGAUUGAAAGAUUUUCUACCCCAAUAGGCAGAACUAAUCCUGCCUAUUUUCUGCAGAUUUGUGUCCUGUGUUUGCCCUGUGAAGUAACAUCAUUUCCUCUUCAUGUUCUUUACUGUCCUGACUAUCCCAUCUGUGGGUUUUUGAUUUUGUUAUGCGUAAGCCUGGGGUGGAGGAGAGGCAGGAGGUGAGAUGUUUUUGCUCCUCCACAGGUUGGCUGAGGUGGGAAAUCAAACCAGCCUCCACUGGGCUCAGGGUGAAGCCUUUUCUCAGCAGCGGUUCUUGUUGUUCUCCGGUGCCCAGCUGGGGCUGGGGGGUUUAGCAGAGCCUGGCAGGAACGUCCCUGUUCACAAAACAUGCAGCACCUCACAGGGAGUGGAGAAAGAAAGGGCCAAGUUUCCUUUCUGGAGGGAAUAAGGCUGAGAACAUACCACCAUGUGAUAAGUAGGUGGCCUGUCUGGAGAAAUAAGAAUAGCCUUUUCUUCAAACAUCUAUUCAUGCUUUGUUUUCAAGUGUCCUUGUUCUUAGGCCUCUGAAUCUAUUUCUUUUGCCUUUUAACAGCACUGCAAAGAAAUUCUUUUUUUCCUUCCAGACAAGCUAGAAAGGUGUUGGUUUUUACAUUGUGUGAUUAUAACUGAGGAUUGUUGGUCUCCGUUUCAUUGUGUUGCCGUAACAAUGAGCUGAUACCUCGGAAAUAAUCGGUUUGUGUCUCACUCCCCUCCAGAGCUUCAGCAGACAAGAUUGCAAUGUGAACUGUUGGUGUCGUUUUCAUGUCCAAUGUGACACUACUGUCAGUAGUUGGUUAUGUCACUCUCAGGUCUUGGAGCUUUGAGAAAGUAUUUAUUGGCUUUUGAGUAUUUCUGCAGCCUGAGGAGACUGCCCUGUUUCGGGUGGGUGGAUUUUUCUGAAGCACAGCCACAGGGUCUCUGUGAGGCUGUACACAUAUUGCUUGCUGGGUUUGGGGUUUGCUUCUAAAAGAGGUUUCUUAAUUACAUAAAACCUAAAAGCUUCCAUUGGCUCUGAAGUGAUUCAGGUGACCCACCUACAAAUUUUGAACUGCUUUUCUUGGAAGGACUUGGCAGUGGGUGUUUGCUCUUGGAUGUGGGAACAUCUCUUUGUAUAAGAGUACCAUUUGAACCUUGGGUUAACUGGUUUUUUGUUCAGAGAGAAUGAGAAGUGCCAAGAAGGUACCUUCUGAUCACUGCUCCUAAUCAGACAGUAGUAUUAAUAUUUGCAGAAGUAGUCCAGUUUGAAUCUGCUUUCAUGCCAGUUAAUUUUUCCCAGUGGAUACUGGUCUUACUGAAGCGGUGAAACACUGCUGAUGCCAGCACCAUCCCUCGUCUUGCAGAAGCUCUCUUCCCAGUACCUGUUGCCUUUAAGGACACUUUCUUUGGUUUCCUUUGGUCGGGGUGUAUAUUAAAAAUCACUUUUUCUUCACAUGUUGCCAUUUGUUCUGUUACGCUUCCAGAAGUAUCGAUUUCAGUGAGUAGUGGAUAGACCUCUGAGUUUGCCCUCUGAGCAGGUGGAUUUGUCUUUGUGUGACAGCAAAGUGUGGGUCAUUUCUCUGACGUCCCCACUACUGAUGUUGAUGGUGAACAUAGAUGACCAUAGAUCUUGCGGUACAGGACCACUCAGAAAGGCAAUUUCGCCCUUUUUCUGCCAAGAGAAACUUCUGUGGAACUCAACAAGUGUAAUUUGCUUUGUUUUACCGUGUUGUAUUUAAAAUACUCCACAAAUGUCAUUAAUGCUGUAAGAGAAUUGCCUGUUGCUGCUGGACAGUGUGCUCCACUUCAAACCUGUGAAUGGUUCGCUGCAGUUAUAGGUAGUCGUGUCCCUCAUGGCAGGUAUGAGCUGGUGACUUGUCUGGAAUGAUCACCAUAAGGAUUUGUUUCUUAAAUACCUUCUUUAAAGUGCCUUUGACCAAUUUUUAGCAUCAAAAUUGAGUUGAGAAUUGAAUAAAUAAAAUAAGUUAUCUCAUA